UACCAAUCACAACACCUGUUGUUUUGUUUCACUAUGAGAAAGAUAAUCUACCAAAUAUAAAAAUGCUGGAAGGAGCAAGGUAUCUUUUAUCCAGGAAGACCUUUUCCAUUUAUGUGCUUUAAUAAUCUACUGCCAACAAGCUGUCUUCUUUAUGUUCUUUUACAACUGAUGUUUUGUUUUCUCAUGUUUGUCUGUUAAUAGACAAAUGGAGGCAUGAGCUUCCUUAGGAUUACUCCUUCGACUCAUAGUUCUGUUUCAUCUGGACUUUUGAGGCUUAGUAUCUUGCUACUACUUAGCCUUCCUGACUCAAACGGAAAAGCCAUUUGGACAGCUCACCUGAAUAUAACAUUUCAGGUGGGAAAUAAGAUCAUAUCAGAAUCAGGAGAGAGUGGAGUGUUCGGGAAUCAUUCUCCUCUGGAAAGGGUGUCUGGUGCAGUGGCACUUCCUGAAGGAUGGAAUCAGAAUGCUUGUAAUCCUUUGACCAAUUUCAGCAGGCCCAAACAGGCAGACUCUUGGCUGGCCCUCAUUGAACGAGGAGGCUGUACUUUUACACAUAAAAUCAACGUGGCAGCAGAGAAAGGAGCAAAUGGGGUGAUCAUCUACAACUAUCCAGGUACGGGCAAUAAAGUAUUUCCCAUGUCUCACCAGGGGACAGAAAAUACAGUCGCGGUGAUGAUAGGCAACCUGAAAGGCAUGGAACUUUUGCACUUGAUUCAGAAAGGAGUCUAUGUGACAAUCAUCAUUGAAGUUGGGAGAGUGCACAUGCCAUGGCUGAGCCAUUACGUCAUGUCUCUGUUUACCUUCCUGGCUGCCACAGUUGCCUACCUUUUCUUAUAUCGUGUCUGGAGACCUAGAGUGCCCAAUUCUUCCACCAGGAUACGACGUCAGAUAAAGGCAGAUGUGAAGAAAGCUAUUGGCCAGCUUCAACUGCGAGUUCUCAAAGAAGGGGAUGAGGAAUUAAACCCAAAUGAAGACAGUUGUGUUGUUUGCUUUGACACAUACAAACCCCAAGAUGUAGUACGCAUUUUAACCUGCAAACAUUUUUUCCAUAAGGCAUGCAUUGACCCCUGGCUUUUAGCCCAUAGGACAUGUCCCAUGUGCAAGUGUGACAUUCUGAAAAUUUAAGAAAUCCUGAGAAUUUUCUGAAGAUGUAACCAGAUCUUUCGAAAUAUUAAGAUUAGAUAAAUUCUCUAAUUGUACUUUAUAAAGAGAGAAUAUUUCAGCUUCUCUACCCAAGUACCAACAAGGGUGAAAUUCAUGUUUCAAAAAUAAAACUCCAUAUCAUGCCCA